CUGCUGCGCCUGAAAUUUUCUCCCCUAUCAAAAUUCAAGAUCGAAACUCACUUCACAUUUAGAGACAUAUCAAUUGAUAUCUCAAAAGUAUUGGAUUCUAAACAUUGAAACAGAAAGCCAGACCAAAUGAAAGAAGAAGCAGUCUGCUGUUUUUUGUCUGAUUUUCGCGGAAUUGCAUUGUAGAAAUGCUCAGCUGGCAAAUGAAUUGUUUAGUGCAUGGUCCAAUUUCAGUUUGUUUAACACCUAUGAACUAUUCCUGACUGCUGAUAUAAUUUUCCGACCGUCGUAAAAUUCAAAGAACUUAUAAGGCAAGGAACUAGCUAAAGCAAAUUGUGGAUAUAAUUUUUAAUCGUUCUCUUUAUUUGUAAAUCCUUCUUUAUUUGUAGAUCCUUUGCUAUAGUAGACGAAUUCUAAUUGUGCUUUAGGAAACAAGAUGAUGAGAGGGAAAGGGGUUUAUGAGAAAAGACUUAAGGGGGUUGCUGGACAGAGAAAUGACGCAGGAGGGCAGGAUAUUGUAGGGUAGGAUUCUUAAAUAUCUUAUCCUUUUAAUGGUGUUUUUAGUGAGUUUAUGAAAAAGGAUCAUUGUACAAAGAAGAAGAUGGGGGACGAUCAGGCUUUUGGUAAAGUAAGAGGCAGGGAAAGGAUCUUAAAUAUUUGUCCUUUUUUUUUUUUUUAUUUACUUAUAUUGUAUUUAUUUUCUAGUUACAUUUAAUUGCAUGUGUCAUUUAAUAAUUGGUUCAUUAAAUAUGUUAGCAACAAGUGUCUUUCACGCACUUGCUCUUAUGAAUAUGAGCUUUUAAAAGAUUCACUUUUGUCAAGUAGAAGUGUUUAACUUGUCACCUUGUAAGUUUAUAAGGCUAUCUUACAAAACAUGCCUAGUUUAAGGGGCUAUCUAAGUAUUUAGCCUAAAAUCAAUUAGAGCAAUGGUUAACCUACAUCUCUUGGAGUGAAGUAUACCAGUUAUGCAGUAACAUUCUCAGGCUGAAAAAAGAAAUUACUUGGUGAUGUUAGUUAGGUAGUUCGAGCUGGUUUUAAAGUGUUUCGUCAGAUUGCUCAAGCUGAAAAAUGGUCUCGCAGCUGAGAUAGAUGAUAAGGUCUAGGAUGUGAUGAGGUGCAACAAAGAUGUGAGUCGUUGCUUACUAUUUCUGGUGAGGCGCUAUUAUAGAUCUGCGGGCCACUCUGCACUAGCAAAUCGUGUUCAACCUGUGGUUCGAGUGUCAAACAAUAUAACGCAUUUGGGCCGUCAAAAGGAGGGUGCAAAGCCUAGUCAGCUAUUGUCUUUGCCCCCAUUUCCUGGCCAUCCUUUGCCAGGAAAGAAAGCGGCCACCGGUCCUGACCAACCAUCUCGUCAUGUUACUGCCAUUAGCUGGAUCAAAUACUACUUUGAUGAGAUAACAGGCUCGGUCAUCCUGUCCCAUUUUAAUAAGGGCCUCGUCCAAUUAGAUUUUAAUGAGUCAUCCACAAGCAAGGAAGGACGAACGAGAUUUUUGAGAAAGAUUAAGCAUUCAGAUGUCAUGGAAGUUGGUGCAAGAAUUUAUGUGCCCAUAUCUGUUGCUGAAACAAGAAUCUCAAAACGCUAUGAUGUUAUACCCAGUGGCACUUUGUACCCCAAUGCUGAUGAGAUAGCAUACUUGCAAAGGCUUGUGUUUUACAAGGACCCCGCCAUAAUUGUUCUAAACAAGCCCCCUAAACUGCCUGUGAAGGGAAACCUUCCCGUGCAUAAUAGCAUGGAUGCGUUGGCAGCCGCAGCAUUGUCUUAUGAAUAUGACGAGGGUCCUAGGCUGGUACAUCGUCUUGAUAGAGAGAGCAGUGGCCUCCAUUUAAUGGGAAGAACAGAAGAAAGCGUCUCCUAUCUGCAUUUGCUGUUCAGCAACACAAAAAAGUCCAAGUCCCUGUCUAAGGCAUGGAAUGAUGCAUGUGGAUCAACAUAUCAGAGGUAUUGGGCAUUGGUAAUUGGUUCGCCCAAGGAGAAGGAAGGCGUGAUCUCUGCACCAAUUACAAAGGUGGUUCUUGAUGAUGGUAGAACUGAGAGAGUCAUGUUGGCUCAGCACUCAGGAUUAGAAUCUUCUGAGGAGGCUGUUACCGAAUAUCGGCUGCUUGGUCCAAUGAUCAAUGGAUGCUCAUGGAUUGAGUUGCGCCCUCAUACAAGUAGAAAACAUCAGCUUCGAGUUCAUUGCGCUGAAGCCCUUGGAACUCCAAUUGUGGGCGACUACAAGUACGGUUGGUUUGUCCAUCGCAAAUGGAAGCAGAUGCCAAGAGUAGAUGUUGAACCGACAACAGGGAAACCCUACAUAUUAAAGAGGCCGGAAGGUUUGGAUGUUCAGAAAGGAAGUGUCUUGGCUAAGGUCCCUUUGUUACAUCUGCAUUGUAGGGAGUUUGUGCUCCCAAAUAUUGCCAAAUUUGUUGAGCUUCACGGCCGAAAAACAAAAAAUCACUGUUUAGAUGCAGAUUAUAGAUCAAAACCAGAUCUCCUCCGGUUUGUAGCACCAAUGCCAUCUCACAUGAAAAUUAGUUGGAAGCUUAUGUCCUCUUACUUGAUAUGAAAAUAACAAGAAUCCGUUGUUGUUUCCCCA